AUGCAAGAGAUGUGUCCAGUAGGUCUUCACUUCAGUACUCCAUAUUUUCAUGCCCUUGAAAGUCGGUACGAGGUUUUUUUUUUUUCCAGCAAUGAGCUUAAAAAUAAAAGCGAAAUUCUCGAAAGACCUCCAAGAAACCGAGUUUUUUAAAAAUCGUCUGAAACUGAUGGAAGAAAACCAACUGAAAAAAUCGUGAAAAGCUAAAAUUUUUGUCGAAGGAUUCAGCUUCUCCAACUCUUCUUUCUUUUGAAGCCUUCUUUUGAAGAACAAGCUGACUUCUAAGACUUAUUCCAGCCCUCCCCCCAAUAGAACUCUUCUAAAGUUUUGGAGUGAUCUUCUUAUCGACAUCUUCCUUCUGUACCUACAGACUUCUUUCUUCAUCAUUGAUGUACUUUAUCGUUUUAAAUAGCCUUCAAUGCGUUGCGGUUUCCAGCGUUGCGCCAAAGAUGGGUGGAGCUCCGCCGGAAAAGGUCACGCCGAUGAGCUGGAGCAACAGGCUCACCAUAUCCAAAUAUGUUGGGAGGAGAAGCCUCAGGUCGGCUCCGCCCCUUUUGGAAAGCUCGAACAGCUCAAGUCACUGUUGGCUCUGUUCGGAUCUUACGCGAUCUACUUCUUCUCCAAGUGUCCUUCCGCCAUGUUAUUCCGAGAAGCCGCUGUGUUGGUGAGUUUCUUGUCUCUACCUUGACUAAAAUACUAUAGGUAACAGUUUGCAAAUAAAAUAGCAAGACGAGGACAGCGUAGGUAUUAAAUCAAGGUCUAGACAUGAUUUUUCAGAGUGGAAAACAUGAUGAUUCAGCUAAAUAUGUACCCUCUGAAAAUUUCUUGUAAAUUUAAUAAGAGUUCUGUUUUUGCUCGUGAUUAUUCUUGUUUUUUUAGCCUCUUCAUGUUCGAAUCUCUUACAGUUUGCAGAAAGAAGCCUUUUGAAAGCCAUUUUUCUUCAUUCUGACAAAGUUUCUCACCUCACAUAGUUCGUUCAGAACAACUCGACUGGAUUUUUAAAGAAGCAUAGGUUAAAUUUAUAAAGGUUUCGGAGAGAAGACAUUUUCGAAAAAUGCAGGCCUGAUUUAAAUAUCUUUUUAAAUCCAAGAAAAAAAUUUUUUAAUUUAAAAAGAUAUUUAAAUCCAAGUAAGGUUUUUCUAAAAGCUGACGUCUUUGCUCCAAGAACUGUUGGUUUUUUUCAAAACUCAUAAUUCGAAAAAGUCUCAUAAUCCAUAUUUCCAUUCCGAUUCAUAACUUUCUGAAAAAUGGCCUUCCGAUGUGUAUUACGAUAAAACUUGAACUAUCAUAUUUUCAAAAAGUUUUCGUCCAACGAACAUCAUCAUGUGUUUUAAUCACUCCGUUUAGCCCUUCCGAGGCGAAAAAUCUCUUCUGUACGUAGUUUCAAUCGCAGUUCCUUGUGAAAAUUCGGCUCAUCUCAGAGAUUAGAGAUCUAUUAAGUAGGCUAAUCUGCAGAUCGUUUAAAAGUGUUCCUACGGUUUCGAUCUAAAAUUGAAAUUCAUACUUUCUUAAAAAAAAUAUAAAGAGUGAAAAUGGCCUUUUUUUCAAUACUCUUUCAGAUAAUUCUUAUCUUUGUAUAAGGUUUUGGGAAUAUUUUUUUCAGAAUUGGUUUUUCUAAAACAGUAAAGAUGUUAAAGGGUUUCUAUAUUUCUUCAAAGACUAGAACGUUUCUUUUUUUCAUAAAUAAAAAAAGUUGAAGAAACCCCAAAAAUAUGAUAAGGUAUAACUAUGCUCAGAUUUCUUUCUGCGAAGGUUUCAAUUAUUUUGUAAUUGCUCUGAUUGAAAUUCAUUUUUAGCACGAAUUUUUCUAAGUCUCUUGUGAAUUUUGAGUUAGGUAAUUAAAAAUCCGUUCUGGUCAUUUGAAGGAACAGAAACAUUGAAAAAUGGAGCACAGAGAAAAAUUUUUCGCUUGCAGAUCCUUUUGUAAUUCCUCUAUGCUCCUAUGAAAAGCCCAAAAAACGGAAUCCUCGUCAGAAUUGAAAAAUUGAGACUGUAUUUCGGACAAAUGCCUUCAAAAAUAUCUUCAAAGGGAUCACACAAAAAGCUUCAAAAUCAAAUUAAAGUUUUGAAUGCCUACGCAAAGAGUUUUUCCUCAAAAAAAGUUACCCUUUUUGUUUGGCGCUGAAAAGAUAUUUUCAGACUACCACCUAAAUUGUUUUUUUCCUUCUUUAGCACACCAUUUCCAGACUUCCUGGCUCCAUUUUUAAGAGCCCUAACGUCAUUUUAUGCGGUGCUGGAUAACUAAAUCGUCAUCAUGAAAUGAGAAAAAAAGAUUAUGUGAAAAGUUUGCCUGUACUUUCCAAAAAAAGAGCAAAAAAAUUAACUCUCGAUUGUUUGAUAUCUAUUUGGAAGGUGCAAAUCAGACUCGAAAGAAGUGGUAAUUAUUUUUGGCUUAGAGCAACUGCAACUUAAAACUGAACAGACAAGUUUUUUGGCCCUCCUCUUUUAAUUAUCAUUCUCGACACAUCCUUUUCAGUGCACCAAGCUGCAAAGCAAAUGGGAUAGUCGGAAAAAAAAGAUCAAAGUUUACCCAAACCAUGUACAAUUUCAACCAAAAGUCGCGAAAAUGGGUGGUUGCUGCAGAUGGCGGCCGGCACUGCCUAAGACGUCUCGAAAUAAGAAAAAAUGUACUAAAAAAGUGUUAUUUCCCUUUUCGAAACGUAGCUUGAUGAUUACAAAUAGCAAAAUUGAAUUAAAUCAGCAAAGAUCACGUGAAAAAGAAAGAUCUAACAACUUUGAAAGGAACCUUGAGUGAAUAAUGCUGAAUUAUCCUUGUCCCUGUCUUACAGUUAACUCCAAAAGCUUUGGUCGCAUUUGAAAUGACUCGAAUCUUAAAUCAAGAGAGAAAAAAUAAAAUUUAAAACUCUAAUUUAGUCCUGUUUUCUAACAUGGAGGCUUAGUAGUUAAUGUUAAAGAAAAAGAAUUGAAAAUCCCCAAAUUAUGGGUUUUAUUUUUUCACACUUUUUGAUAAAAAAAUUUCAACUGCCAACAUAUUUAUGGAACUUUUUCUCUUUUUUCCCUCCUUAUCAGUCAUUAUUUUCAAUAUUCCAGGUUUUCUACAUUACGCAAAUUCAAUUGGUCCAAGCAAGAAGCUCGCACUCAAGGUCGCACUCCAAAAGAAGGUAAAGAAAUUGUCUUAAUGCAUUGUGUUAUAAUAUUCAACGGAGAGAUGGUAUAAAGAAACGAAAGAAAUCAUGUGGAAAAAAAUUGGAAAAAUCUCUGAUACAUCCGUCUCAAAAAAUUCGAAAAUCGACUCUCAGAUGGCUGUAUUCCAACAAAAAGCGAAGAAGACGAGAAAUGAGACGAGAAAAAAAGUAAUAAUCGGAAAAAAAGGGGUGGUUGAUAGAAAAAAGUCAACAUUUAUUAGGUCAGAGGUAGAAAAAAUAGCUCUGAAGUUUCAUUCGUUUUUCGAGUAAAGGACAUUCAAAAACGAUCUAUUUUAUCGAGAAGACGAUUCUGUUUCUGAUGAGAUUGAUUAGAAUAGAACUUGGAAAAAAAGAUUACUUACAAAAGUGAAACGAUGUCUUUUUUUUGUGAACUUGUCAAUUUACAGUGCACACUCGCGAGAAUGCGCAAAUGACGCGGACGCAGAAAUGCACGCGAUUUUCUCGCGGAUGGUCAACCGACGCGACGAACAAAUGUUCAGCUACUUCCAGCCCGAAAAUCAGGUAUUUUUUUCAUUUUUUUUUCUUUCGACAAAAAAUGCUGUUCUUUAUUCGUACGCAUGAUCAUUAAAGUCAACAUUUGAAUCUUGAAAUGUCAUGAAAUGAUAGCUUUCCACGGCUAUAAUUAUUCGCGCCUUUCAUUUACUACAAAGAAAAGGGACUAUUUCUAGCAUGGAGUGCUGAAUUAAAACAGCAAGAGAAGGAAGUAAGAAUAUUUUUUUCGAAAAAAAGACUGUAUUUGAGAUAUUUUUCAAUGUUAUAAUAUUUUUUUCCAACAACCUUAUUGGGGUGUUUUUUUCAUAAAAUGACCUCGAAUCUUUUUUUAAAUUUUUUUCGAUGGUCCUCUGAACACCGAAAAAAAGUUCAUAAAUUUUUUUCACAUUGCGUUUUAAAAUGAGAAAAAAAUAUAGGGAAUUUUCGAGAAAGAAUUAGUAUUCGCAAAGACGUUUUUUUACGUCAUUACAGUAUCCCAGAAAAAAAUUUGUGUUUUUGGUCAGCUAUGAAUAUAAUGAAUGUAGUAUAAUACAGAUUUUUUUGCGAGCGCGUAAUGGAUACAAUUACACUGAAUUUAGUAAGCCAAAAAGAAUUAUUUUUCUGCAGAAAAAAAUGUUUUUGAAUUUAAAUUCAAUGUUUUUCUAGCGACAGGAAUAGUCGAAAUUUUCUGUUUUUUUCCAAUCAUUUUUAUCUGAUUAGUGAAAAUUUCUAGAAAAUCUAAGGAAAUCAAGAAAAAAAUAAGUAGAUAAGGAUGGACCCUGAUUUUCAUUCUAAAAUGGAAAGUAAAGGGCGCUCAGAAAUGCUCCCAACCAGGAAGAUCGAAAAAUUUUAUUAUACUGCCUUUUUGAGCCAUUUUAUAAGCUUUUAUGUAUCAUUUUAUUUCUCUCUCUAGCUUUUGACCCAUCUUUAUGAACUUAAGAAAAAGAAAUAUUGGUAUAGGGAGCCUCUUUGCUUCCUUUUGAAGCAUUUUUUCAGUCUCUCUUUUCGCUACCAUUUCUCAGACUUCCCGGCCUUGCCUGAGAACAUUUUUUUUUAGAACUAUCUGUUUUUUUUUCAGGUGCUUCUGGAGUUCCAGCCGACGGAUCGGAAGUUGCUGACGCCUCGAACCCAAGUCUGCGACGCUCUGGAACGAUCGGCGGAAGUUCUUCCCGGUCAGCCUCUUCUCGAACGAUCCGUCUGUCCCUACCACCACGUCCUCAACUACAAUCCUCAGGUUUGUUAACCACAAAUUGCAUCUGAUCAUUUCGCGGUGUAUGAGAUCUUUAUAAUAGUCUGAGCUUCAAGCUGGAAUGUCUUCUGUGCCGUGAAGAAGACGAAAAAAUCAUUUCUUUCAAAGUUUUAUUUUCUAUGAGCUCUCCUGAAGACAUUUUCAAAGCCUCAAAAAAGAGAAAAGUAGAAAUGAUUCCAAAAGUGCAAAAAAAAAAACCUUUCGGCGCCUCGUUUUUUUGCGAGUGUAACUUUUAUCGGCUCUUGGCCUUUCGUCGCUUUUUCUCUCAUCUUCCAGAGGUUCUUGAAAAAAGAUCUAUGAGAAUGUAGCCAAAGAUCUUUUUGAAAAUUUUAGAUUUUGUUCUCAUAAUUGGCUCGAAAAAGUUUUUGUAGCAGGAUAUAUCGGAGAUAUAUUUUCCAUCAGUUGCAUUCUAUCUUCCAAAAAAAAAAGUAAUUUUAGUUUUUGAUCACCAAUGAAAAGGUCGUAUAUAAGUCAAAAGAGUCUCACAGCAAGCGUACCCCGCUUCUUUUAUCACCUCAGAGUCCUAUAACGAUUGAAAGGCUUUCAAGCCAAUCAUCAAGAAAAUUGGAGGUAAUGAAAAAAAAAAACGAAUUUUUUUGAAUAAAGAAACCGACAAAAACCCAUUUUUUCAUUUUUCCAGAGAGUCCCUGCGACGAUCACCGAGGUGGAGUGUUCCUGCCAAUCCGUCCAGUUCGCCGGAGGCUCCAUCCAUUGCGAGCCCAUGUACUACAACCUCCGGGUUUUGCUCUUCUCCGACGGCUGCGGUAAAUUCGUCGAGACCGUCCAGAGAGUCGCCCUCGCCUGCGUUCCUGUCUUUUCGGUGAUUAAUUAUUUCGGGCUAAAACUUAUAACUUUCUCGAGAAAACUGUGUACUAGGUUUGCUGACAAUAAUCCAAUCUUUGAGAUGAAUUUUAUUUAAAAAGAAAAAAAGAUACUAAUUGAAGUUUUUUUCUCCGUUUAAAAUGGUUAGAUAAAAGGCUCAAAAAAAAGUUCAAAAAAACGCUGAUUUUUUUCUCCAUUCUUUUGCCCUUCCAUUGUCUCCAAAGCUUUCUGACUUUUCGACAGGUAUAAUUUCAUCAAAAGCAUUUUUUCUACCUCAUAAUCAAAAUCUAGCUUUUUUUUUUUGCAAACUUCGUGGCAUUUCAAAAUAAAAACUUUGAAAAUGUUGAAUUAGGACACCUGCCAAAAAAAAAAAUUAAAGCCGCUAGAAAUUUUGGACUUUAGUUUAAAACACAAAAAUUGGGCCGAAUCUAUCAGCCAAUUUGAUUUGAUCUAAAAAAGUCUCAAUACUUAAAUUUGCUCAUUUGCAGAACCAACUGAGCGCCGGAGGAACAAUAGCAAUGAUCCGGCCAACGUCGCCAGCCGUUCCCGUUUGA